AUGACCAAGUUCCGACCUUGCAUAGACCUCCACUCGGGGCAAGUCAAGCAGAUCGUGGGUGGCACUCUCAGCAGUGUUGCCGCAGACUUGAAGACCAACUACGUCUCCAAGUUCCCCGCCAGCCACUAUGCGGGACUCUAUCAAAAGAACGACCUACGUGGGGGGCACGUUGUGAAGCUCGGACCGGGAAAUGAAGAAGCAGCACAGGAAGCCCUGCGAACAUGGCCUGGUGGCCUGCAAGUGGCUGGAGGAAUCACCGAUAAGAAUGCGCAAUAUUGGAUCGACCAGGGCGCCGAAAAGGUCAUCAUCACUUCAUUCCUCUUCCCGUCAGGCAAAUUCUCCCUCGAACGGCUCGAGUCAGUACUUGCGGCUCUUGGCGGCGAUAAGUCCAAGCUGGUUUUGGAUUUGAGUUGUCGCAGAAAAGAUAAUACUUGGUUCGUGGCGAUGGACCGCUGGCAGACUAUUACAGAGAUGGAGAUCAAUCAGGAGUCCAUUUCUCUUUUGGAGCCUUACUGUUCUGAAUUCUUGAUUCACGCUGCCGAUGUGGAGGGCCUUCAACAGGGUGUUGACGAGGAGUUGGUGUCGAAAUUGGCCGAGUGGUGCACCAUUCCCAUUACCUAUGCUGGUGGAGCUCGUCAUCUCCAAGAUCUGGAGAAGGUGCACAGUAGUAGCAAGGGCAAAGUCGACCUGACUAUUGGCAGCGCUCUGGAUAUCUUCGGUGGCUCCGGAGUGACGUUUGACGAAACCGGGGAAGUUCCAAGACCGAGACAUGUCGUUGGCUGGCGCAUGACCGAAAGCGGCUUAGGGGCUGGAUGUGAGCUCCGCCCGCCAACCUCCGUGUCUUCAUCACUUCUCAUCGUCCUCGACCUCCCCGCGUCUUUGGGUGUCUCUGUACUUGAAUAUAAGUCGCCCGAGUCUUCUCAGCGCCUCCUACUCGAUUGUACUACCUCGAAUCGCUCCUUUCGCCCGACCGCCAACAUGAAGCCCGUCGUGUCGGCGUUGAAUGCCUGGUCCUGUGUCGUUAUAUCCGUCUUCGCUAUCGUCAUUCUCUCCGUCCUUGGAACACUCUUUGGCAGUAACAACCACGCCUAUACUGGCUCAGAAGGAGAACCCGAGGAUGGUCCUGCAGUUGCUGCCUCCAUCUACGUCGCGGUGCUCGUCUACGCUGGUUUCUUCGUCUUCUGCGGAUUCCAGGCCUAUCUCCACAUUCUAGACCGCAGGGGCGGUGCCAUAUCACUCCGCUAA